UGUGGCCAGGACGGUCACCUGAUGAUUGCUCAAUCUUGACUCACGAUUCAGGAAUACACUAUAUUACACCUAAAGCAACAACAACAAGCAAUGUGAUUUAGAUUUGGUACAAAAGUGAUUGAAGGAAGAUGACGGUGACCUACUCCAGUAAAGUCGCCAACGCCACGUUCUUCGGUUUCCAUAGACUUCUACUGCGAUGGAGAGGCAGCAUCUACAAACUGCUUUAUCGGGAGUUCAUAGUCUUUGUACUGUUAUAUACCUUGGUGAGCCUCGUUUACAGACUUGCUCUCUCAGACCCUGAAAAGCGUUUCUUUGAAAAGUUGGCUCUUCACUGUAACAAGUAUGCAGAACAGAUUCCAGUCACGUUUGUGCUUGGUUUCUACGUCACCCUGGUGGUCAACCGUUGGUGGAACCAGUUUGUGAAUCUGCCUUGGCCCGACCGCCUCAUGUUCCUUGUCUCCAGCUGUGUUCACGGCCACGACGAGCAGGGCCGCCUCCUCAGACGCACGCUGAUGCGCUACGUCAACCUCACCUCACUGCUCAUCUUCCGCUCCGUCAGCACCGCCGUCUGUAAGAGAUUCCCCACCAUGGAUCAUGUGGUGGAGGCAGGCUUCAUGACUCCAGAAGAGAGGAAGAUCUUUGAUGCUGUCAAGUCUCCCCACCUGAAGUACUGGAUCCCUGUGGUGUGGUUUUCUAACAUGGCGUCCAGGGCUCGGACGGAGGGGCGCAUCAAGGACAGCGUGGACCUUCAGACCAUCCUCAACGAGAUGAACACAUUCAGGACUUGGUGCUCUACUCUAUUUGGUUAUGACUGGGUUGGGAUUCCUCUCGUCUACACGCAGGUAGUAACCCUGGCCGUCUACACCUUCAUCUUUGCCUGUAUUAUUGGAAGACAGUUCUUGGACCCAGCUCAGGGUUACCCAGGUCAUGACCAGGACUUUUACGUUCCCAUCUUCACUAUGCUACAGUUCUUCUUCUACUCUGGCUGGCUCAAGGUUGCUGAGCAGCUCAUUAAUCCAUUUGGGGAGGAUGAUGACGACUUCGAGGCGAACUGGUGUAUCGACAGAAAUCUGCAGGUGUCGUUGAUCGCGGUGGACGAGAUGCACAUGAACUCCCCUCCGAUGACUAAAGACAUUUACUGGAACGACUCUGAGGCUCUGCCUCCCUACACCCUGGCUGCUGCCGACUACUGCAUCCCCUCCUUCCUCGGAUCCACCAGAGAGCUGGAUCUAUCGGGCAUUUUUCAGUUCGGAGAGGCAGACAAAAUGGACAUUCACAGACAGGACAGCCACAACAGCAAUCACAACUUCCGUCAUGGUCGUCAAAAGUCAGUCCUGGGGCACGUGCGUAGGCUUCUCAGCGUCCAGGACCCCCCAGAGCUCGUCCCUCCUCGGCCCUCCUUCAAACGUCACAGCAGUGAGGCCUUCUUCCCCUUCAGACCUGACUCCCAUGACUACCCUGGAUCAGACGACCAGGCUCCCCCAGGACCUGAUCACUCUCUGUUCCCCAGACCCAACCUCUUUAACUCCCAUAACCCCCUCUCGCCCAACCACCCUCUGGAUACGCUACGGGAGGUUAGCAGUACUCUUUCUUCCCUGGACACUGAGCCCCGUACGCCGUCCUUCACACACCUGCCUCAGUGGGUGGUAAGUCCACCUGCUUCUUCUGAUGAUCAUGGGGAUAGUGGUUAUGGGGGUGAUGGAGGGACGUGUGAGGCGUUAUCUGGGGCUCCACAACCCCUGAAUCAUAUAGAGGCCUUCUCCCAACAGACAGGGCAUGAGCAGGCCUCAAGUAAGCCUGGGACGCCAGUAGAUCUGUCCCCCAUUGUGGAGGCUAUCGGCCCUGAACAUGAAUCAGGGCAACAGCUGCACCCAACCGAGGCCUGA